CUUCCUUCUUCUCCCUUACAAGACUCCAGCAAGCUAUUUGAAGAGGCGUUUGGAGACAUGGUGGUUGCUCCCUCCUUCACAGAAGCAGACCCAGCAGUGUCAUCUCCUGUUACUCCAGAGCUGCAUCAGGAUGAAGCCCAGGUGGUGGGGGAGGCGGCUGCCAACGGCAAGCACAGUCAGAGUUGGGACAGGCCCCAAGGACCUGGAUGCGGGCUCCAGAACACAGGCAACAGCUGCUACCUGAACGCGGCCCUGCAGUGCUUGACACACACACCACCACUUGCUGACUACAUGCUGUCCCGGAAGCACUCUCAGACCUGUAGUUCCCCAGAAGGCUGUAAGAUGUGUGCUAUGGAAGGUCACGUGGCCCAGAGCCUCCUCCACUCCGACUCGGAGGCUGCCAUGAAGCCCUCCCACACACUGACCUCUGCCUUCCACAAGCACAAGCAGGAAGAUGCCCAUGAGUUUCUCAUGUUCACCUUGCAAACCAUGCAUGAAUCCUGCCUGCGAGAGUACAAACCAUCAGAACCCGCCUCUAAAGAGAGCUCCCCAAUUCAAGACAUAUUUGGAGGCUGGUGGAGAUCUCAGAUCAAGUGUCUCCACUGCCAGGGCACCUCAGAUUCCUAUGAUCCCUUCCUGGACGUUGCCCUGGAUAUCAGCUCCGCCCAGAGUGUGAAGCAAGCCUUGCGGGAUACAGUGAAGGCAGAAGAGCUGUGUGGGGACAACGCCUACUACUGUGGAAGGUGUGGAGAGAAGAGGCCAGCUUCCAAGACCCUGACGGUUCACAGUGCCCCAAAGGUUCUCCUGCUAGUGUUAAAUCGCUUCUUGGAUUUUCUGGGUAACAAGUUGAACAGGGAAGUAAGCUACUCGGAGUUCCUUAACUUGCAGCCAUACCUGUCUCAGCCUACUGGAAGACCCUUGCCUUAUGCCCUCCAUGCCGUCCUGGUCCAUGAUGGUGCGAGUUGUCACAGUGGACAUUACUACUGUUGCGUCAAGGCCGGCCAUGGGAAGUGGUAUAAGAUGGAUGAUUCUCAGGUCACCAGGUGUGAAGUGACUUCUGUCCUGAGGGAGCCUGCCUAUGUGCUCUGCUAUGUGCAGCAGACUGACCUCCAAAAGGUCAAUGUUGAUGUGUCCGCGGGCAGAGUACCCGAGGUUCUUGACCCUGUCGACCCCGAAUACCAGCUGAAGAAGUCCCGGAAAAAAAAGCACAAGAAGAGAAGCUCUUUCACAGAAGCUGCAGGAGAGGCCCGAGGAAGCAGGGAGAACACAGCAACCAAAGAAACCUCCUUAGGAGAGGGCAAACUGCUUCAGGAACAGAACCACCAGAAAGCUGGGCAGAAACUCAGCAAGAGAGAACUCGAUCUGCCAGCUGGUGCAGUUGUGAUCCAGCAGCCCAGAUACACAGCAAACUGGGGCAGCAAUGCUCCAGACAAGGAGAAUCAACCAUGGCACAGUGCUGACAGGCUCCUCACCUCCCAGGGCCCCAUGAACACUACUGGGCAGCUCUGCAGUCAGGGAGGGAGGAAGAAGAAGAAGAAGAAGAAGAAGAAGAACAGGCAGGGGCAGAGCCUUCUGCUUGUUCACUAG